CGCCUUUCAUUCACAUCUUGAAAUAGAAUUUGCUCCAAAUCUCAAUAUCUCAUUUCUUCAAAAAAAAAAAUCUACACAUUUCCAUCACCACCAAAACCUUCUCUGAUCCAUCUUCAAUUUCCUUUCACACCUUUCUAUUCUUCACAAAUCUAAGGUUAGACUUUUGGGUUUGCCUUUUAUGAUAUUCUGGAGUUGAGCUAAAUCAAGAUGCCGUGGGUUUCCUUGUUUGUGGAUCAUAAGAGAAACUGUGUUCGUUUGGUGGUGUUUUUUCGUGUGAUUCUGUAAUUUAAUUAGCUGAGGUGAUAGCUUUAGAGGGACUCCUCUAAUUAGUGUUUUUUUUCCCUUUCAUUACCAAAACUGCUGGAGGGUUGAGAAUGUUCUUUGCCAAAGUUGGGUACAUUAAGAUGAGUGUUGGAGUCAUUGCAUACAGUCAAUUGAUGUUGGUUUGUCAGGCUGAAUAUUUUCGUCAGUUGCUUAAACCUGUUACGUAGUCUAGCUUAAAGGAACAUUGAUUUGGGGAGGGAUUGCCUUGUAUUGAACCACAUCAUUAGAAGGCUGCCAGAUGAGAUGAAGUUUUAAUUUGUAAAAGUUGACAUUAUUUUUUAUAGAUGGAAUUGGAAUUACCUUAGUACCUGCUGUUUAGUUGUUACAUCACUGUAGGAACUUUCAUCCAGCUUUAGUACAAAAUAAUUUCCAGUUACAUUGGCCAAAUCCACACUACUUGCACACGUAGCUUAGUCAGAGUGAAUAAUUAUUAUAAUGCAGACUCACGAGUAUUUUAUCCCGGGAAAGACGGUACAUCCUUUGGCAGAUGAAGCCGUUGGUACUUAUAUGAAUGCUCCACAUGCUUCUACCUUUGAUGCAGUUUUCCCUUCUGGUGUGAGACAUAUGACACCAUUUGAAAGGUUUAAAUUGCAGCCUUCUGAGGUUUGCCCCAAGAAAUUCAUUGUCUUUGAUCAAACCGAUCAACAAAGCAGGAUUUUUUUUAAUCCUGCGACGACCUACAAGUUUAACAGUCCCGGCUUCAACACCCAUGCUGCGUUUACUCAAGAUUUUGAAAAGGAUAAAAUUAAUCAAAUGGAAAGGGAAUUGUCAUCUUCCUUUGAAGAGGAUUCUAAGGACAUUGAUGCGUUGUUGAGCCUAGAAACGGAUGAACUAGCGAACUAUGAUGAGGAAGAAGUCAGCACAGCAAGGACCCGUGAAAAAGACGAAAGUACAUCUGAUACUUGCUCCAGUUAUCGCACGAAAUCGAGGAAGAAGAGGUUGUUAUCAUCUUCUGCGCAAAACUCUUCUGGGUCCAGGAGUUACUGCAACAGUGAAAAGAAACAACACCUGGAGAUGAAGAGGAUGGUGAAGAUGUUGAGAAAUAUUGUGCCUGGUGGAGGAAACCAGAUGGAUACUGUUACCGUUUUGGACGAAGCUGUAAAGUACCUCAAGACUCUCAAGGUUGAAGUGGAGCAAUUCGGAGUCGGACCAUGAAACUGUUAGUUUGACAGUGCAUAUGUUGCUGCUGCUGUCAAACUCUUUGUUAUCGACUACUUUCCAGCCUCGCUCACCUUCCUCAUUAAGUCAUUACCUUUCGUGGGAAGAUGCUCCUUGCAAAGUAAUAAAUUAACAGUGCCCUUUUACUUAUUCUGGUCAUGUAAGAAAAUUCUCUAAUAUUAAUUGCACUUGGAAAUAUGUUUGACACUUUUGCUGGUUUAUUUCUUUUCUUAUGAAUAGUGGGGAUUGACUGAAGGUUCUUUCCUAACAAUAACGUUCAUUAUUAUGCAUGUUAUACCAUGAAUGUAAUGUACUAUAAAUUCACUAGACUGAUAAUUUCUCACUUAUGCUUCA